AUGGAGGAAUCCAUUUUAUUGAAAAAUUUUGAUAAGCUUGAUAAUGUAUGUAACAAUUUAAUAGAUAUUUUAAAAAACCUAAAAGAACUGUUGUUUCAUCUGGACCCCUUAAAUAAAUAUGAAAAAGAUAAUGACGAUACCUCUUUAUUUGCAGAUAUUAAUGAUAGUAAAAAUUAUAUAAUAAUAUUAUCAGAUAUAAUACAUAAAAAUAUUAAUAAAAUUAUGAACAUAUUAUAUGAAUUUAUAAAAACAAUACCACCAUCAUAUACAUACUACAGUUCCUUUUCUUAUAAAGAUUAUGUCAUAUUACAAGAAAUGCAAGAAAAUAAAAAUUUUAAUGAUAAAAACAAUCAAAUUAAAAAUAAAAAUAUAUACAAUAAAAAUGAUAUCGCAACUUCUAUGGAGAUACAUAAUGCAGAUAAUAAACAACCCAACACAGAACACGAACAUACAAAUAAUCAAAAUGUAAAUGAUAAUAUGUGUAAUAAUAAUGAUGUUUUAGAAAGACAUACAGAGAAUAAUAAUGAUCAUUAUAUAAAUAAUAAUAAUUAUGAUAAUCAUAUGUCUCAUUUAAUUAAUCCUCAAUAUGUAAAUGAAUACUUUUAUUAUUCAUUCUUAAUAGAUAUAGAAUAUUCCAAUUUAUUACAUAUGAAAAAAUAUGAAGAAGAAAUUAAAGAAUAUUUAACUCACAUAAAAUAA